AUGAAAAACGUGAAAUUUCUAAAGGAUGGGACCAUCAUUUGCUGCUCUGAGAAGAAAUCUGAAGAGGAAGAUACUGACUCAAUUCCGCAAAAUGUACAAGAGAUACAGGGAGGCAUUCCCAAUGUGGACAAAAUUACCAUUACGUAUUUGGAAGAACUAAUUAAACAAAAAGAUAUGACAAUAAAAAAUCAAGAUAUCGCAAUAAAAGCUCUCAGUGACCAAAUAAAUCUUUUGAAACAACUUGAAAAUCAAGCACCCAAGUCAGUAUCAGUCUCACCAUCUAUAUCGAGCCUUAACGCAUGGGAUACUAGUAAAGCUGAUCAAACAGAACAACACAGAAAAAAAACUAAUGUGAUAUCAAAACCAGUCACAAAAAAGGCCUUGUCAAAUGCUGUUCAUACUGCUGAAUCUUUACAAGUCUGCCAAGAAGUUAUUAAUCUUAACAAAGAAGAAAGUUAUGCGUCCAAGACAUCUGUUAACAAACCAAAUAAAGCAAGAAAUCUACUAAUAGGUAAUAACGAAAACUUAGCUGACUGUCCUUUCAAAGCAGCUGUCACACAUAGAAAUACUUUAAGACAUUAUCAUGCUACCAACUUAGAACCUGAUACGGACCAAACCGAACUAUUAAAUUAUAUGAAAAAGUAUGCACCGAACAUAGAAAUUCAGAAGCUGAAUUCUCGCAGUCCGCAAUUAUAUUCUUCUUUUAAAAUUACGGUACCAUCUGAGGAAUCCGAUAACAUCUUAAAAAUGCGGAACGAUUUAGAACAACCCUCUACGUACCUACCUAUUAUAAUGUAUUAA